GGAGGGAAGUGAAGAAGGAAGAAAAGAAAAACUUCCUGUCGCCUCCACACCUGUCCCAGGGUCGCCAUGGUGUGUGGUGUGGACUGGAGACGACCGGGUCUUCUUCUUCAAUCCCACAAUUCACUUGUCUGUCUGGGAAAAACCGGGGGAGCUGAUUGGUCGAGACAUCAGCAGCAUCAUCGAAGAUCCACCUCACAAGAGGAAGAAGACAACACCUGCCGACAGCAGCUCCAGCUGUCAGUCACCUGGUUUUCAUGGAAACGAUGAAGAUAAUGAUCAUGAACACAUUUCCAAGAGGAACAGAAUAGAGGAGCCCAUGUCUCUCAUCCCUCGCCCAGGAGAAGUUAAGCUCCUCCCUUUGGAGCUUCGUAUUGUUCACUUCAGGGAGAUGAUGCUGGAGAGAGGGGUGUCGGCGUUCUCAACCUGGGAGAAAGAGCUCCAUAAGAUGGUGUUUGACCCUCGAUACCUGCUGCUAACCUCAGAUCAGAGGAAACAGGUGUUUGAUCAGUUUGUGAAGAGCAGGGUGAAGGACGAGUACAAAGAGAAGAAGGGUAAACUUCAGAAAGCCAGAGAGGAGUUCAAACAGCUGCUGGAAGAGGCCAAGAUCACCAGCAGAUUGACCUUUAAAGAGUUCUGUGCUCGUUACCGUGGUGACCAGCGGUUUGAUGCCCUCAAUAGGAAGAAGGAACAGGAAGUACUCUUUCAUCACUACAUCACAUCCUUAAAGAAACGAGACAAAGAGAACCGAGCCAGACUAAGGAAGAUGAGAUGAGAACACUGUUCUACAAACUAUCUCAGAACCCUACAGAACCAUCUAGAACCUUUGUAGAACCCAUUCGGGACCUUCCAACACCUUUCAGGACCUUCCAACACCUUCCAGAUCUUAAAAAGAAAAUAAACUCUCUUAUUCGACCAUGAUGAGCAGAACCUGUGCUGGUUCUCACUGAUGACUCCUGGUUUCAAACUACUGGCUCUGUUAGAGCAACCAAACAAGAACCACAGAGACCAGACUGGAUCAUAUGGGAGAACCAGAACCACAGAGACCAGACUGGAUCACAUGGGAGAACAUGUCCCACUGGAGGAUCUGAGUCGUUCUGACUUUUUGUUUGUGGUUAUAAAGAUUUAAAGAUUUUCAAGGACCAACAGCAUCUGACUGGUUUGUGGAUUCUGGACUGUGGUGGACUGACGUCAUCUGGACCUGCUGAACUGAUCCAGAACUUGACUGAAUCCGACUUAGAUGUUUGGAGAUCUGAGCCAAGUUGAACUGGUUAAACUGGACUUCAAAGAGAAGUAGAGCACAAA